CCUGUUGCACAAAAACAAAUGGACUGAGCUCGACCACAACUUCCCCCCCGCUCUACUGUGGCUUUCUUUGCAACACUACGUCAUCACCUCAAACCACUAACUUCAGCCCUGCUCAACCUACAUGCUUUUUACUGACUGAGCAGUCAGACGUCCGGUAAAAAGAAUCUUGCUGUGUCCGUUUGUAUACCUGUUGCUGUGAUGAUGGGAGGCAGAUUCCCAGUUCUUUCAGCUCUUCCUCUGUGGGUGAGCUUUGGCAGUGCUGCGGCCAUGGGUGAGUCUCAGAUCUGCUAUAUCCUGGACGGUAUCUUGUUUCUGUACGGUAUCAUCCUCACCGUGCUCUACUGUAGGCUCAAGUUCACCCCACAGAUGUCUCCGGUGACUAAUACUGGGGCUGCGACAGAAAAGCCAGCGAAAGCGGAGGAGGGUAUCUAUACGGGUCUGACCCCUCAUACUGCGGAUACCUAUGAGACCAUCGGUCAGAAGAAAAGAUUGAAGUAGUACAGGAUGAAGAGUUGAAGAAAUCAUCUGUCAAAUCAUUUUUGUCUCUCCAAGCCUUUCCCAGGCCUCUUAUGUCUUUUAUUUAACAUAGCUUUUAACGUUUUGAGAGAAAAUGUAUACAUUUUUUAACAUUUAUUUGCAUUUCAUAUGUGAAAGCCUCCUUUGUAUGUUGUGGUAUGUGUAGUAAGAGAGAGAAAUGUGAGAAUAUCAAAAGAGGGAAGUUGAGCUGUGGGUAAAAAUGUCCCACUUUUGACAGUGUAUGUCUUCUUUGUAUCUUACUUAUACAAUUAUUUUGUUGUUGAUUUAGCUUGAGAUUGAUGUUUUUAGUAUUUUCAAAACUUCUCAAGUAUGUUUUUAUAUAGAUCAAUAUACCGUUUUAUCAGAUAAUAUACUGCUUUUUAACUCUUGAGAUUUGUGUUCUGGGUGUACUUCUAUGGUGCUUUUAUAAUAAAUUCUAAUAAAAUAUCAAAAUGA